CCACGAGCUGUUGCUGGUUUUCGUGGAACAGUACGAUAUGCAUCAAUCAACGCUCAUAGAAACAGAGAAAUGGGCCGGCAUGAUGACCUCUGGUCCCUGUUCUACAUGUUGGUGGAAUUUGUGGUUGGGCAACUGCCUUGGAGAAAAAUAAAAGAUAAGGAGCAAGUGGGCUCCAUUAAAGAAAGGUACGAGCACAGACUUAUGUUGAAACAUCUUCCUCAAGAAUUCAACGUCUUUCUGGAUCACAUUUCUAAUUUAGAUUACUUUACAAAGCCUGAUUACCAGCUUCUCAUGUCUGUGUUUGACAAUAGCAUGAAAACGUUUGGGGUUAUUGAAAGUGACCCUUUUGACUGGGAGAAGAGUGGAACUGACGGCUCUCUGACAACAACAACAACUUCAACCACACCUCAGUUACACACCCGUCUUACUCCGGCUGCAAUUGGAAUUGCCAAUGCCACUCCUAUCCCAGGAGAUUUGCUGCGAGAAAACACAGAUGAAGUGUUUCCUGAUGAACAGCUCAGUGAUGGAGAGAAUGGAAUUCCAGUUGGUGUCUCACCAGAGAAACUACCUGGAUCCCCUGGGCAUCAGCGUCCUCAGGAAAAAGAUGUUUGGGAAGAAAUGGAUGCAAACAGAAACAAAAUAAAACUAGGGAUCUGUAAGGCUGCCACAGAGGAAGAAAACAGCCAUGGGCCAGUGAAUGGAAUGCUUAAUGCACCGAGUCUCGGUUCUCCAAUUCGUGUUCGCUCAGAGACCACCCAGCUAGACAGAGAUGUCCCACUGGUGCGAAAGUUACGUUCAAUUCACAGCUUUGAACUGGAGAAGCGUCUGACAUUGGAGUCAAAGCCAGACACUGAUAAAUUUCUUGAGACCUGUUUGGAGAAGAUGCAGAAAGACUUGAAUGCUGCGGCAGACACUCCUGUUGCUGCCGUUCCUCCUCUUUCUCAGAAAACACCCGUUCCUGCUCCUGUGACUGCCCGCAUGGACCAUGUUUGGCACUAUGAUGAAGAAUAUCUUCCAGACGCUUCAAAGCCUGUGUCAGCUAGUUCUCCAGAACAUGUUGAUGGUGUUGUUAGCAAUGGAUUUGUAGCUGUCAACUUAAGCUCCUGCAGGCAGGAGGUUGAUUCUAAGGAAUGGGUGAUAAUAGAUAAGGAACGGGACUUGGAGGACUUCAGGACAAAUGAGGCUUUAGGGCACAAAACGACUGGAAGUCCCUCAGAUGAAGAGCCGGAGGUACUACAAGUUCUAGAGGAGACCCCUCCAGAAGAGCAGCCCAGACAGGGUGGUUGGGCAGGAAGCAGUGUCCAUGCCAAGAACCAGACCUCAGGGGUGGAGUUUGUUCUAGCCAUGGAGUGUCAUCCUGCUGCUUCUGAACAGCUUACAGAUAAAUUGGAACUUCUGUCUGGAGCUGCUGGACAGCUUCUUGCAGCCACCCCUACAAGUCCUAUGGAAGCUCAAGCAGAAGGAGCACUCACUCCG